GGUCACGGCUAGCUCCCCCUCCAUGACGGGGAGAUGGAAGAGGGCGGGUGAGGUCCAUGUGACAGGGCCGUGACGGAAGGAAUUAUUUUCAACCUCCUACCUUAGCUGCAUGGUGUACUGUGUAGGCGAUUUUCUGCUAGUUCCCGCCUGCUAAGCUUGUCCUCGUUUCAUUACCUGCCAGUGUCCGACCGGCGCGGCAAGUCGCGAUUUGCUUGAAGGCCCGAAGCAUAGAAUAAAUACCCGAACAAUCGAAUCCAGCACGCCAUUGACAGUUUGACAACCAUCUAGCCCCUUCACACAGACGGUGUCGAGUAUUGGCCCUUGCCCAAGUCUCACCUUCCCCGCCCCAACACACAUAUCCAUCCACGAUGGCUGAGCAACAGCGGAUCGCCAUUGUCUCGGUCUACGACAAGACCGGCCUCUUGGACCUCGCCAAGGGGCUUGUCCAGCAUAGUGUCCGCAUUCUGGCUUCGGGCGGCACCGCGAGGUUGAUUAGGGAGUCCGGGUUUCCCGUAGAGGACAUUUCCGCCAUCACCAAGGCCCCCGAGAUGCUUGCAGGCCGGGUCAAGACCCUUCACCCCGCGGUGCAUGCGGGUAUCCUGGCUCGCAACCUCGCCUCGGACGAAAAGGACCUCGCUGAACAAAACAUCGACAAGGUCGACUAUGUCAUUUGCAAUCUGUAUCCCUUCAAGGACACAGUAGCCAAGAUCAAUGUCACCGUCCCCGAAGCGGUCGAGGAGAUCGAUAUCGGCGGCGUCACUCUCAUCCGCGCGGCCGCAAAGAAUCACGCUCGUGUCACCAUCCUUAGCGACCCCAAAGACUAUGCCGAGUUUCUGAAGGAACUCGAGUCAGGCGAGAUCAAGGAGUCCAGUCGAAAACUCUAUGCGCUGAAGGCCUUCGAGCAUACUGCCGACUACGACGCUGCCAUCGCCGACUUCUUCCGCAAGCAGUACGCCGGCGACGGCCUGCAGUAUCUCCCGCUACGCUACGGUGCCAACCCUCACCAGAAGCCCGCCUCGGCCUACGUCAAGGAGGGCAACCUCCCUUUUAAGGUGCUAUGUGGUGCCCCUGGCUACAUCAACCUCCUUGACGCCCUGAACAGCUGGCCCCUGGUUAAGGAGCUCAGAAAGGCCCUCGGGAAGCCCGCUGCUGCCAGCUUUAAGCAUGUGUCUCCUGCUGGAGCUGCCAUUGGCGAACCCCUGGAUGCCGACGAGCGCAAGGUGUACAUGGUCGAUGACAUUGCCGGCAUUGAAACCUCUGGGCUCGCCCAGGCCUAUGCUCGCGCUCGGGGAGCCGACCGUAUGAGCAGCUUUGGCGACAUGAUUGCUCUCAGCGAUGUUGUCGACAUUCCGACAGCCAGCAUCAUCUCGAAGGAGGUGUCCGACGGCGUGAUUGCCCCCGGAUACGAGCCGGAAGCUUUAGAGAUUCUCAAGAAGAAGAAAGGGGGAAGGUACCUGGUCCUCCAGAUGGACCCUGAGUACGAGCCCAACAAGAGCGAGACGAGGACAGUCUACGGCAUCUGCCUGGCGCAAGGUCGCAACGAUGUCACAAUCUCCCCUGACUCUUUCAAGACUGUCAUCACGCCCAAGAAUUCCGGACCUCUACCGGAAAGCGCGCUGCGCGACCUCACCGUCGCCACCAUUGCCCUCAAGUACACGCAGAGCAACUCGGUGUGCUAUGCUGCCAGGGGCCAGGUCAUUGGUCUCGGCGCCGGGCAGCAGUCGAGGAUCCACUGCACCAGACUGGCUGGUGACAAGGCCGACAACUGGUGGCUCCGCUUCCACCCCCGUAUCCUGAGCAUCAAGUGGAAAAAGGGCACCAAGCGUCCGGACAAGAGCAACGCCAUCGACCUGCUGGCCAGCGGCCAGCUGCCCAAGUCUGGUUCGGAGCGUGAAACUUUCGAGGCCAUGUUCGAGGAGGUGCCUGCAGCCUUCACCGAGGAGGAGAAGAAUGAGUGGCUGUCCAAGUUGACUAACGUUGUGGUCUCGAGUGAUGCCUUUUUCCCCUUCACCGACAAUGUCUACCGUGCCGCUCGCUCAGGAGUUAAGUACAUUGCUGCUCCAGGAGGCAGCCAAAACGAUGUGCCCGUCUUUGAGACUGCGGAGAAGCUGGGCAUCACGUUUGUUGAACAGAACAUUCGGCUGUUCCACCACUAGAAACAUUCAUAAAACAUACGGUGCUAGGGAGGAACAAAAAAAAAACCAACGGAGAUACCCAUCACCUGGAAUCUGCAGUGCACUGAAUGUACUAUUAGUGAAUCACCUUCGGGCCCGGUUGCUCCGGACAUGAUUCUAUCACAGCCAAACAUGGCGGGCACGGGCGUAAGCUGAAUCAGGGGGGGGAGGAAAAAGUUCAACACUUCGAUAGAGGCUUAGAGAUGGAAGGUAUUGUCCACACUUCGUACACCUUGGUAAUCGAUCGGUGAUCUCCUUGAGCUCCACCAUGCCUAUCGGCUUAUAAAGAUCGCGCGGCCAACCGGGGUGCUCUGUCCCAGAAUUGUUCAUACCAGCACACGAGAGCCUGACGAAUGGUGUAUUGCACAACAGAACAACAUACGGG